ACGCAGCAUGUUCUGAGUUCAUCAGCAGCCUAUAAAAGGAGUUGUCAGGGGCUCAUACACACACUCACACACACAGCUGAAAGAAAGUCCGGACACAUUUGGGCUGCUUUUAGCCGCAUUUAGUACUGGAUAAUGCCGUUUGGGAAAGCGAGGAGAGCUCUACAUUUGGAGAGGCUCUUCAGGUGUACUGCUGCUCAUGGCCAUGGGUUGAUGAGAACGAAAGCAAAAUCACGUCAGGGUGUGGCUAGGGUGACCAGUCCCGAAAUUGGGAGCUUUGUCAAGCGUCCCGCAAGACAAGACGACCUUGAAAUUAGUGAAGAAAUCAGAAGUGAUGAAAACAUAGCUGAUGAAGAUCCUAAAUCACAAAGCCAGAAAAAAACCCACAAAAUCAAAAUACACAAACAUAUUAAAAUGAAAAACCCUAUGAAACAUAAAAAGAAUUCCAAACCUGAAGAUGCUGCCACCCCUGAAACAGUAUUAGCUUUGGACCUUGAUGCCAAUGACAGCACAACAGAUUUCUUUGGUUCUCCUGAAGAGGAAAGUCAAAAACAGACAAUCAGAAACAAAAUAUCCGAAAGAAUGAAAAUUCCUGACUUCAUGAAAAGGCAGAAGAAUCCAAAAUCCCCUGAAACUCCAUCAGUGGACCUGGAUUUCAAUGGGAACCUUGAACAGAACCGUCUGGUUAAAGCACAGCAGCUGCUUGUGGAAGCUGAGGAACGUCUCUUCGGUUCAAAUGAAGUGGCCAGGGCAGAAGAAGAGGAGGACAAGCUGCAGACAGACUAUGAGAACUUUCAUGUGCGACUGAGGAUAGUCAUCAAUGACUCUUUCAAUGAGGACAACCAGGAGACACUCAGGAGUGCUUUGACUUCAAUACUUCAAGAGGAGGCACAGGACAGACGCUGGGCAGAUGUGGCUGUGGAUGAGCGUCCAAUAUGGAGGCCCACAAAGUGCAGACAGAUGCAUGACGUGCUACUCCAGACAAUCGUGGAGGAACGAAUGAAGACUGGAGAUGAACAGGAGAAUAAAGCAGACCAGCUUUCUACCUCCCUGAAGAGAGAGGUGUGUCGAAUGGGCAAACAAGUCCAAAAAGAUCUGCUCAGAGUGGUCCGAAAUCUGAGAGAAUGUUACCCACCAGACUUUGACAUCUGCAGAACAUAUGCUCGACUCUACCAUCAAACCUUCUCCACCAGACUCCAGGAGCUUGCCAGAACCAGUGUCGAUUUUGAGGAUUGCCUCUAUAUAUUGAGUUGGAUUGUCAAUUACUACCCAAAAGAUGUAUUAAAACACAAAGAGCUAGAGGAGCACAUCAACAAUUCAUCACUUGGACCUUUGUUACCUGAAGAAGAUCUUAAGAGAUUGGAGGAACAAUACUUCUCAUAUAAAGAGAACGAGAUCAGAAAGUGGUUAUCCAAUGCUUUUGAGAAAGAAGUGAAAAAAUGGAAUGAUGGCAUCGAACCAGAGAUCAUGGAUGGAUACUACUCCAGUAACCUUGCUGUAGAUGUUUUACCACUUGUUGAUGCGGCUGUGAGAGAAGUCAACUCGCUUUUAGGCAAUGAAAGUAAAGCCUGGAGUCUUCUGUGCCAGCUGGACAGCUCUCUUCUGAGCUACAAGACAAAUCUAGAAGAACUUGUCAAAAGAAAACAAGAGCACAUUCCUAAAACUCUCAGUGCUAAUCUCGUUAACAUUUACCUGUUCAGGGAUUAUAUACAAAAACCAGAACAUAAUUUCUCAGAAGACACUAGAACCGCCUGCCUGUCGACAUUAGCAGACCUCAAAAACAUCUGUCACAAAUACUUCCUCAGUCGAAUUUACACAGAACUGAAGCCGCUGUACCGUAAGCUGUGGACUCAAGCCUGGUUUGCCGGACAUUCUGAGGUUGUGGAGGAGCUGAUGAAGGCGCUUGAGGAAAGCAUGGAUCAAUUCAAAGAGCUAAAGCCUGUCUGCCGAGAGGAACUGCUGGCCGAGCUGCAUAUAGAAGUAAUGGUAGAGUAUGUGAGACGAAUGAUGAAGAGAAAACUGAAACUGAAGGACAAAGAACAGCAAGAAGCAGCUGCUGAGUUCAUCUGUCAUGACUGCUGUAAUAUCAGCUCUUUGUUUGCCAAAGUGGGAUCCAAAGAGGAAUGGCUCGAUCAAAUAUUUUCCAAAUUAUCAGAGAUUCUGAGACUGCAGGAUCCUGGGAGUUUGCAAAUUGAGAUUGCAACUCUGGCACGAGACUAUCCUGACAUUAGUGAGCAGCAUGUUCUUGCUAUCCUGAACCUGAAGACCAACCUUUCAAGCUCAGAUCUGCGUAGGAUCAAAGGGUGUUUGAUUGAAACCCAAGUCACACAGGACUCCCCUGCCUUCUUCUCUAAAGUACUCAUCAAACGUUUGUCAACUGUGAUCAGUAGUGUAAAGUAUUUGAGUAAAAGUAAUUAGGUACUGUACUUAAGUUUUUUUUUGGCGUACUUUUACUGAGUAUCAAAGAUAUUAGCAACUUUUACUCUCUACUUAACUACGUUUUUAAUUAUGUAGAUGCACUCUUCACUCCAGUACAUUUGUGAUGAGUAAUGCAAUUACUUUAAAGCCCAAAGUAUACUUCGGCGUACAACAGCGCAUAUGCGAGUGACCUGAGUGCUUGAAAACUGCAGUCCACUAGAUGUGCAUGUGCCAAAUUCGUCUUUCCGCUCUUGCGGCCAAAGGAGUAUACUUUGAAAAGCUUGUGCGUUCAGCUGUGCGCAAGACAGAGCUGGACGUGGAAAAUGAAGUACACCCGGGUCUUAAAGCCCAAAGUAUACUUUGGCCGUCCACAUGACAUAAUUCUCGUCAUCAGGAGGGUCCGCAAACCCCGUCCACGUGCAGCCCAGCUGAGACCGCACGGAAGGUGCUUGUAUAACAAGGCAGGUGCGAGUGACUUUAGCGCUUCAAAACUGCAGUUAACUAGAUAGUGUGCACGAACUGAACGCAUCUCUUUGUGCUCAUGGCCAAAGGAGUUUACUUCGAAAGGCUCGCGCACUCAACAGUGAAGUAUACCCCGACCUUUAUUACAUUUUGCAUGGCUCCUAACUUUUUCUGCAGCAGUUUAUUUCUGCCAUCUUGUGCGCAUUGCUCUCACUCACCCUAAAGGUGCAGUAAGAGUCGGUCUCGAACCGAAUGCACAACCAAUGACACUAAACACUUCAUUCUCUAAUCGACUGUCAGUGUGCAGUGGUUUACCUGCAUAACUAUCACUAUCUGCUGUUGCACAAACAAUGCGAGUAGAUGUCUAUUUAUCGCAGCUGACGCGCAACAAAAUGCCUCACGAAAAAUACAGUACAGAUGAUGAACGAACAACAAGGAGGCACAAAAAAUGAACGUACAGUACACUACAAAAGAGUAAAUACAAAGUGCUCGUUGGUAGUCGCAUACAGCACAGCAGCUCCAGUCAAUCAAAACCCAGUGUUACUCACAUGAGAAGCGGGAUCAA